UUCAUAUGGCGUUUGGUGUACCAGGCUCUAGACAUCCAAAAAUGUAAAUUGUCUGGAACAAUAUUACCGUGGAAUAUACUUGGUUAGCUGCGUUAUAAACGCUGGAAAUUUACUAAUGAAAAGUUUGCAUGACCAAAGAUGAGCCAGGAUUUUUCCGAGAGUAAAAAGGAUAUACCAUCAGAUCAAGAUCCAACAGAUCAGCAAACUUCACAAGAAGCCAGUGAAAGGCAGCCUGCACAACCAACAGGUAGACAGCAGCAGUCCAAGAGAACAAGACCCACUUCCAAUUCCCCUGAACGGACUGCGUCCAACUCUGGCAAAAUGCAGAGAGUCACUAUAUUGUUGCUAGAUGACACCAAGUUUGAAUGCGAUGUAGAGAAACGUUGCAAGGGGCAAGCCAUCCUAGACAAGGUAUGCCAGCAUCUAGACCUAAUGGAAAAGGACUACUUUGGUCUGGUCUACAAAGAUAACCAGGAUGCAAGGACUUGGCUAGAUCCAACAAGAGAUACAAAGAAGCAGACGAGAAAUGGUCCUUGGAUGUUCUACUUCAAUGUCAAGUUCUAUCCCCCAGACCCAGCCCAGCUUAAAGAAGACGUAACUAGAUACUUCUUGUGCCUCCAGCUGCGUGACGAUAUACUGAAAGGCAAACUACCAUGCUCCCUGGUCACACAUGCCCUACUCGGAUCCUACGUUGUUCAAGGGGAGCUUGGAGAUUACGACCCAGAGAAACACGGCACUGACACUAGCUACCUGAGGGAGUUCCGCUUUGCUCCUAAUCAGGCUCAUGAGCUUGAGGAGAAGGUGAUGGAGCUUCACAAGACCCAUAAGGGACAGACACCAGCUGAAGCGGAUUUGCAUUUCUUGGAGAACGCUAAGAAACUGGCCAUGUACGGUGUAGACCUUCAUCAUGCUAGGGAUUCGGAGGGAGUUGACAUCAUGUUAGGAGUAUGUGCCAACGGUCUUCUUAUCUACCGUGAUCGCCUGAGAAUAAACCGCUUUGCCUGGCCCAAGAUUCUCAAAAUCUCCUACAAGAGAAACAACUUCUACAUUAAGAUCAGACCUGGAGAGUUUGAGCACUUUGAAAGUACUAUCGGCUUCAAGCUAGCUAAUCACCGAGCAGCCAAACGCCUUUGGAAGGUCUGUGUGGAACACCAUACUUUCUUCAGAUUGGUAUCCCCAGAGCCGCCACCAAAGAGAACACUUUUCCGUCUAGGCUCCAAAUUCCGCUACAGUGGCCGUACACAGUUCCAGUCACGCCAGGCAAGCUCCACCAUUGACCGGGACAACCCUAAGUUUGACCGUGCACUCAGUGGACGUCUAUCAAGGAGUAUGGAUGGAGGAUACGGUGGACCUCUUGAUCAUGAAGAACGCCCUGAUGAAGUAAUCCUAGCUGCCCAGGCCAGAACAGAGGAAGCAGAGCGCCCUCGCAGCCAGUUUGAGCAGCAGCUCGAGUACGCUGAUAACGCUGAAGAUGAGCAGAAGUCUCAGGACCAUGACAUUACUUCCGACGAGGGCGAUUACGAUGGUGUAGACCCAGAGAUGGCCGAGAAAUUUGAGGAGAUCAAGAUGUCGUACUUUUCGAGAUCGGCUGAUGAUGUGGCAGCCAAUAAGCAAGAAGGAGACCCGCAGUAUGGCGGCGGCCCUGACGACGAUGGUUAUGACAUGACACCUGGGUCCACUAGGUUCCAGACCACGACCACUACCACUACCACCAAGACUGUCUACAAGGUGGAGAGGACUGGUGAGCCUGGCGUCUUGUUGGAGGGUGAACCCAUUUUAUUAGAGCCAACGAUGGAGGAGGCACCCAGCAUCCAGUCCAACGCAGCCAACACCUACGUUAACGUUAGCCCCGAGUCCUACCCAGAGCCUCAAGAUGAUGACGAGAUGGUCGCGGCCACAGCCUCCGAAGGUGACGAGCCGUACGUCAAAACGGCCACUAUUGUCCAGCAAGGGGGCCCAGAUGAGGAGAACUCCCAACUGACCCACGACGUGCCCUUCGUCCAAACCGAAAACACGACCAUCUCAUUUGAGCGCGACCAGCCAGAUAACAGUCUGGAUGAUUCGGGCAUGUUGGUGAGCGCACAGACCCUUACUAGCGAAGGCCAUACCACCACCACCACCACACAUAUUACAAGGACGGUGAAAGGUGACGUGACAGAAACACGCGUUGAGAAGAAGAUCAUCAUCCAAGGAGAUGCAGAUAUCAACAAGGAUGAGCUUUUGGCCGAGGCCAUUGCAGAGGAGAAGAGAUGCAACCCUGACUUCACCAUCACGAAAGUAGUCAUCCACAAAGAAGGGGAAGAGACAAAUGGUGAUGUGGUGGAAUAGUCGCCCUCAGCAAGAUAAAUAUAUAAACAAUUGAGUGCUGAUCUGUUAACAGGGCAGGAGGAGACCUCUGGCUUCCCACGACCCCGUCACGUCAAGGCCAACAUCCCAAACGCCCUUGGCCAACGGAGGCUCCUGUACAGCUCAAACAAGAUUUUUACGAUUAAAAAAUAAAAUGCAUCAUGUCUUAAUUAACACUGUAGAAAAAUUGUAUACACUUCUAUUAUCAGCUUAACCAUGUGCUGUAGUAUUGUUAUAAGCGGCACUCGCCAAUUUUUAGAUAUAUCUGUUAACAAAAAUUAAUGAACAUUUUGCUUUUUAAUUUUGAUGAGCUGGGGUCUGCUGAUUUUUUAAUGUGGAACUUUCUUGAGUGUAAAGUUUUUGAGGCGGAGGCAUUUGGUUUUCUUCAUGGGAAUUGUUUUUCAUUCACUGUUUAAAGGAGUUUAUCUGGAGCUGUAGUAGUGAUUGAUAUAAGAAAGAACCAGUGGUUUCCCCCCCCCCCUGCUUGUUUUUCGUUACCAAAGAAUCCACGAGUUAGCGGCAAUUAGCUUUUAGCCUUAGCAAUCAAACUUUAUAAGAAAUGCCUGCAGCCUAGAACCUUUUAUGUGGAAAAAAAAAUAUAUAAGUGAAAAUUCUGUUUGACCGUACUACAUUUUAAAGAAAUUGAUAUAAAUGUUUCACGAAAACACUUUCUACGGAGGUAAAUUUUUCCACUUGGUUUUUCGAUGCCGGGUAUUCAAAAGCUGUCUAUACAUUGCUUUGUCAUUAUAUGAAGAUGGGUUCUGUUUAUGACCCCGUGUAACAUUUUUUGAUUCAAUUUAAAGAAAUAAAAGAAAUCUUUGUGUGUUGGAAAGUUUACUUGUAGCUUUAGCUAAACCCCUGGCGCUGAAAAGUGGUUCAGAUCGUAGUGCGGAGAAAAAAACGAGAUAGAAAAAAAAAAAAAAAAAAAAAAGCUUCGAAAAAA